AUGGCGAUGAGGUAUAUUAAGCUUUCAAACUGUGGAACGGCUGCUAGUCAGGGGAGAGAUGCUGAUGAUGUUGAGAUAGCUGCAACAAUUCUCGUUGUUGGGACAAAACGUCGAUGGGGAGGUUCAACACCGGGUCACAAGACAUACAAGCGCGACCGUGAAGGUGCUAACAAAAUAUUGAAUGCUGAAUAUUUUGUUGAACAUCCAAUUUACAACCCAGAUCAUUUCCGCCAGAGGUACCGAAUGCGGGAGAGUUUGUUCCUUUGGAUUGUCGAUAAGGUUACUGAAGCGGACUCCUACUUCAAACAAAAACGAAAUUGUGCUGGUCAGCGAGGAUUUUCCCCCAUCCACAAAUGCACGAUUGCAAUUAGAAUGCUAGCUUAUGGUAGCAUUGCUGAUUCAUUGGAUGAGUAUCUUCAGAUGGGUGAGAGCAAUGUAUUGGAGACAUUGAAGUGUUUUGUCAGAACAAUAGCAAAUGUUUUUGGGGAAGAAUGGAUUAGGCCACCAACAGAACUGGAGUUACAACAUAUACUAAAGGUUAAUGAGGCAAGAGGAUUUCCUGGAAUGGUUGGCAGCAUAGACUGUAUGCAUUGGGAGUGGUCUAGUUGCCCCACUGCUUUGCACGGGAUGUACAAGGGCCACAAAGGGAAGCCAACUAUGAUUCUAGAGGCUGUGGUGACUAAGGACCUCAGGUUUUGGCAUGCAUACUUUGGAUUACCUGGAUCCCAUAAUGAUAUUAAUGUGCUGCAGCGAUCACCGGUUUUUGAUGAUUUAGCUAAUGGCAGAGCACCUCCGGUUGAGUUCAAUGUGAAUGACAACAUUUACAAUAUUGGUUAUUACCUAGCUGAUGGGAUAUAUCCAGAUUGGGCUACCUUAAUCAAGACAAUUAGUGCACCCAUAAGUAACAAGCACAAGGUGUAUGCAGAGUGA